CUGAUCAAUAUAAAGAAUUAAAUGCCGUGUAUAAAUACAAUUCCAUUAAUUAUGUAUCAGUAUUUUAAAAGUGGAUUGCUGUGAAACGUUUUUCAAUUUAUAAGAUUGUUAAAUAUUAUGGAAAGUGUGAAGUUAUUUACUAAUGUGAUAAAAUGUGAUUGUAUGCCACCAGAUGGUUGAUUUAUUAGUUAUCAGAUAGUAUUUGAAGUCAGAUUUAAAAUGCAAACCCUUAGAAAGAAAACUAGUCCCCUGAAAUACAAAAACGAAACUACCAGAUUUUUAGGAGAUGGGGUAAGUUUCAAGGCAAAACUUAUUGGAAUUCUGGAAGUGUCGGAGGCAAGAGGUGACAGAAUGUGUCAGGAGGCUUUAUCUGACUUGAAAAUGGCUAUUAGAGCUGCUGGAGAACAUAAACAGAGGAUCACAAUAAACAUUGCCAUUGAUGGUUUGAGAUUAAGGGAUGAAAAAACAGGGGACUCAUUAUAUCACCAUCCUGUCCACAAAAUUUCAUUUAUUGCUCAGGAUAUGACAGACUCUAGAGCUUUCGGAUACAUAUUCGGUUCACCAGAUACGGGUCAUAGAUUUUUUGGUAUAAAGACUGAUAAAGCUGCAAGCCAAGUAGUAAUUGCAAUGAGAGAUCUAUUCCAGGUUGUGUUUGCCCUCAAAAAGAAAGAAAUUGAAUUGGCAAAACAGCAUUUAGAAAAGACUCGAUAUCCUUCCCCUAUUUUCUCGGAUUCCAGUUCUAGUUCCAAAAGUAUAACGCCGGAAAAUGCGCGGGCGCCUACUGAAGCAAAAUGCACCGCGUCCGCCCUCGAGGUGAAGAAACCAGGUGCCGCUGUUGCUGAUCUUGUCGACUUGGAGCUCGAGCUGAACAGUUUGCAACAAGGCCUUAAUCAGAUGGAACGUAUAACACCAUCAGAUCCAUUCGGAUCGAAAGACGAUCCGUUUGGUGACAGUUUCAUCAGCUAUCCUAAACCCAUACUGCCGCCGCCGCCAUCGUCGGGUAGGGAACGUUCGAGUCGUACGUCCGAAUCGAGUUCGGUGUUCAGUCCAAAGACACCCCACACCUCGACAUCGGAAACGCCCAACCAAAUCUCCAUCUCAUCCUAUUCUAGAGCGAAGAGUGAUUUUAGUUUUUCACAAGACGAGCCUGGUAGUGGGGAUUGGUUCACACCUGGUGCCAAUAGCUUGUUUGAAGACUCCCUGUUACCGGAACCCACUAAGGAUGAGAGACACGAGAUCGCCAAACAGGAGAUUAUGUCGCAAUUUGAUGUUUUUACGGAAUUAGAUCCGUUAGGUACUGGUAGAAGUAAGCCUUAUAUUGAUAAGAAACAUUUCUUUCAAGAGCUCAAAAAUCCACCCAAAAAAGUCCUCAAUGAUUUGGUAAACAGUACUAGCCAGUCGCACGUACAGGAAAAGCCCAUGUUUAAUACGAGUUUUAAUCAAGUGACGUCAAAGGCGUCAGCAAACAAUAUGUUCGGCUCCGACCCGUUUGGCGAAGAUCCGUUUGUAAAAGAAGAUCCGUUCGCUGAGACUGAUUUCUCUAAACAAGAUCCAUUUGAGACGGAAUUUAACGAUUUUAAAUUGCUGGGCAAGAAUGAGGCAAUGAACAAUUUGGACCAAUACAAAUGUGAUACUAAGAAGUACGACAGCCUUCACAGUCUCCUGCAAUCCAGUCUAAUCAAGUCUCCAAAGGGGUCGACCUUAGAAAAACAAGCAUCAUUAGCGGGAACAUCUCCUAGAAGCAGCCAGUUCACCAAACAAAAUACUUUCGAUGUGCAAUUUGAAAGGCUGGAAGAGAAGAAGAUUAAUCAGUUAUCCGAGCUCCACGAAAAUCCCAGUUUGGACAUGUCUUCAGAAUCGGAGUGUGCACCAGAACCACCGCCAAGACCUGCCGCAACUCUCAUGCAAAUCAAACCACCGCCUCUGCCUCCCAAAAAGCAAAAUGAUUUAACCACGAAACCACCACCGCGACCACCCCACACAGAAGACCCCAUCUACGAUUACAUGGACAAUUACGAAACUGCACCAAAUAGUCUCGAGUACAUGAAGAACAUCGAGAAAAGCCCACCGUUACCGGUGCCGGCACGUAAAAGUAAGUUCGAUUCGAACUCCGGAGUUGCUCCGGAACGACCCAAAAAGCAGUUCAACGUACAUUCCAGCGAAGAAGAUUAUCUCACUCCAGUGGUCCCCGAUUAUUUAGCACGAGUGUCGUUCAAAGACUUUGAAGAAUCAGUAGUCGAUAAAGACAGGUCUCCCGGUUCGAAGCGUGCAAAUAACACAAUUUUACUGCCACCGCCUCAGCGAAGUAGCAAAAAACAGUUAAAUGUCGCAUCUACGGUAGCCUCGUUCCUAGAAUCCAAACCGAAUCUCACUACUAGUAUGGCUUCGGACAAGUCACUCGAGGGGUUGGACAUCACGCUCAGUCAGCUCACGCUUAGCGGAUUAAACGAGCUGGCCACCAAACUAAACAUACCCCCUAGUCAAUUAAGUAAUAUGACAUUAGUUCAGUUGACCAAUUACCUGUCCAAUUUUAUAAAAUCAAAAAGCACCAAUAUAGUCCCUGAAAAGGAACCGGAAAUCAGCGUAAGUAACAGCAACGAGUUUCCCAGCUUCCAGGCGGAUUUCGCUGCCAAUUUUAAUAACCUGAACAACGCGGCCCCCUCUGAGGACCGUUACGCCGUUUUCAGGGAAUUAAUGGCAGAAGAAAUCAAACAAACCAAAAUAGAUACCGAACCGGAACAAUUACAAGAAGAGAAACUCUCUCUUGACAACAACAUCAAUAGCAACACCAUCAAUAUGAAUGUCAACGCGCCCAGCGACUCUGGUGGUGGAGGCCCUGACAAGUACGCCGCUCUCAGGGAAAUCGAAAUAGAAUUCAGGGAGAGUGAUCGACCAGAAGAUGACGCCAACGAGAACGAAGACAUCUCAAACCAAGUUAACGGCGGCAGCAACGAGAACCUGGCCGACACUACCACCACUAACGACAUGGUGGAUUUAGAGAACAAGCUGAACAUCGAGGAGACGGAAAAGGAAACAACGCAGGACAUCAUUGAAUACGAGGGAGAAGGAGUCGCCACCCCAGUCAAGUCACCCCGCUCGCCCAUAAAGUCGAACGUGGUGAAGAGUCCUAUUCCAAGCGCGAUCACCGAAAUUGUGCAAAAUAACACCAGGUUGACGUCGGGCUCCCUAUCUGAUGUAAUCAGCGGAAGUUCGCCGGAAGUCGAUAAUACCGGCAGCAACUCCGAGAAAAAAAACAACGAUGCCGCAGGCGAAAGCUGGGCAAUAUUCGACCAGGCCAAUAUUCCAGUUGAGCCAAUCAAAGAGAAACAGCAAAGCGAAGAGGGUGUGUCACCCUGGUCGAGUGAUUCCAAGGAGUUCGGUAACGGUUCCCCGUCAGAUUGGAAGCGCGGCGAUUCGGGAAGUGGCGGAGAUCAGUGGUCUAAAAAACGCAGGGACCAGGAGGGCUGGUGGGAUACUUCAGCCGAACCGGAAGUACAAUAUUACCCGAAUAAUCGUCGAUCGACUGACAGUUAUGACGAUGAGUAUUAUGAGUGUUACGAGAGACCGCAACAACAACGUCGUCGUCGUCCUGGCAACUGGGAAAGCGGUGGUAGGGCCGCCGCAGCUGCAGGUGGCGGCCAUUCAUCCAGCUCACGAGACGUUAGUCCAUGGGAAGAGGAACCUCGAAGACGGGAACCGCCGCCAAUGCGGGAGUCCAGGGAGAGUAGGGGUGAAACACGGGGUGGUGGCUGGAAUCGACACCCCAGACAACCGUCAUUCGAGCGUCAUCGAGACCGUAGACACACUGACAGUUGGGAUGAUGAGGAGGAUGACUAUGAAUACGAAGAUGAAAAUUUCCAUUGGUCUGAGCGUCACGGAAGAGAUACGGAAAGAGAUCGUCAUAGUACUGGGAGCCGAGAACACGAUAACGAUAGGUGGACCGAUGACUGGAGUGAAGACAGACGCCACAGACGACGACGAGAUAUGGAAAGAAGCCGAGAGCGUUGGUGUUGCCCGGAUUACGAUCAAGAUAAGUUGAGAUACGGAAGUGGUCGAUGGUCAAGAGAUAGGAAGCACGACGAAAGAUAUUAUAGCAGAGACUCUCAAGAAUCACCAUGGGAAGACGAUUACUCUAACGACCCAGAUGAUUCUUUGUCUCCUCACUACUUGUCAGCUAGGAGAAAUUGGAAGCAACGACCGAGUAGCGCUUCCGAGAUGGAUAGGAAGACUGGAGAAAUUAAAUCGAGACAUUAUUUAGGAACAGGUGGUAGUGAUGGUGAGAGGGAUAGGCGUUACAAGGGUGCAAAUCGUCGGUCACGUAGCCGCGAUUCACAAUACUCGGAGCCGCCAUACAGGCAUAAAUCGACGGAUGUCGGUAGUGGAGGAAUGCUACCGCGGAACACGCACCGUACUAAGCCACAUCAUUCUAAACCACCGCUUGAAAUGGAAUUCAGUGAUGGACCGCCAAAGAAACAACCUCCUGGAGCAGAAGGUCCCAAACUCGACACCAGCAAUAAAAAAUCUUCCACUCUGUCCCGCAACAAAAAAACGAAGGACAGUCCAAAGACUGAGAUUAACAUGGUGAGUACGUUUCCGAGGAAAUCCACCAGCAGAGCCAAAUCACUAUUCGAAAACGAUUUUGUACCUGCUGACGACAGUCCUGUAAAUCCUCGACCAAACAGUAAAUUUUCAUUCGAAAAUGAUUUUGAAACAUCUGAAGCGGAAUCCCCCACGAUAUCUAGACCAGUUAAAGGAAUACGACAACAAAGCAUGUUUGAAAAAGGAAACCUCCCGCUUCAAAGAGAUUCUGAGCGUUCUCGCGGUUCCUCCUUCAAAGAACUAAAGUUAUCUCCAAGGUAUGCCACCAAAGCAAAGUCACUAUUCGAAGAUGACUUUUCUCCAACGGAGAAAGCUGAACAACAAGCAGUCUCUAUGGAAGAUAAUAAUAUUUCCAGCAUUAAGGAGGAGACUGACAUCAACGAGGACGAGGAAGAAGACACCUUUGCUACUGAAUCGGCGACAGCAACAUCGGCAGCAAACAACGGCAGUCGCAAGAAAAAGCUACUUGGGGGCAGGCUGUCAAACAGUAGGGGAGCGGAUGGGCAUCUCAAGAAGUCGGAAUCCGUGAAUAUAUUCGCACGAGAGAGCGAUCCAUUCGAUGAUGAUUUUUUUAGCGGGGGUGGAAACGGAGGCGGAUGCGCCGAGAGGCAAAGAAACACUGAACUGAGAUGGACUGAAGACUUCGACGAUUUCGAUAAUGAACAGACUAAAUAGGUAAUUGUGCUCGGAGCGGAGCGGUUUGGGGAGAACGGUUUUUCAAGCGUGAGAGUUAGUUGAAGGAGUUGCCGAUAAAACUGAAAUUUACAUGGCUUCUGAUAUUGCUGUUCUAAAAUUGCGAAUAUUCAUUUUCCGUUCAGGAAAUUUCAGGCAAAUUAACACAACAUUUGAACAGUCUAAUAAACUCGUGUGUUACUUAUUGAAGUAACUUCAGAUAAUGUAACAAUUUUGAAUACUAAUCUAGAUAUUAUUUAAUUUUAACGACAAUACGUCCUUUAAUUUACGCCGAAGAACCAUCUCCAAACCAUCCCAAGUUCCUUUAAAUUAAUGUUAUUGUUAUGUAUUACUAGCAAAAUAUUAAGUAUGUACUUAUUUAAUUACGUAAUUAUAUGUAAAGAUUUGUGAUUUUAAGUUAAUUUAUAUUUUGUAUAUUUAUUUGUAUAUAAUUAUAUUAUUGUUUAUAUUGUUGUGACUAAUUUGGGAGUACUUUAUUUUUGCCUUGUUUGAUUAUUUUUUUAUACUAUAUUAGUUGUAUGUAAAAAGUUUUUUAAUAAUCUACAAAUUGUUCUAGAAAAGGUACAAAUAUUUUAAUAAUAAAAUGAAUUCUUAAUCCCAUCAAUGUUUUUGUACAAUAUUAUUUGUUAUUAGGCGUACUAUUUAUUAUUAAAUCUAUACCAAACUGA